GAGCUGAGUCUGUUUUCGUCUGCCUGGCAGCGCGGUUCUGGAACGCGUAACGCUCGUCUUGCACUCGCCCCGAAAAAAUCCCAUUUUCCAACUCGGGACUCCACUCGGUCUUCGCAUCGAAUCCAAUCCGCUCGGAUCGUGGCGCGCUGCCCAGUUUUUUGCAACCUGUUGCAACCAUUUUGGAAUCGCUUUGUGCAACACUGCGUGCCGCUUUCAAAAGCACUUCAAAAAAUCAAUUUCGAAAGUGGCUACUUCAAAAUAAAAAGAAAAAACCAACAAAAAGAUACAGAUAUAUCCGUGUGCCAAAAAUAAAAAGGAAGAUUCGUGGGGCAGAUUAACAGGCCCUGUAAUUAGCCAACAAUUUGUCGAAAUCCACAAUCUGUGGGCGUGGGAUCUGUGCACACACAAAUUGAUAAUUAGGAAACGUUUACCCAGCUUAGAUGGAUGAUCCCAAAAUAAUGAACAUCAUGAACGGCAUGAAAACGCUGGAAGAUCAUUGUCAGCUCAUAAAUGACGUGAAGGACGAGUCGCCCAUGCAAAUGUUCUACAAGGACAAGGGCGUCUUCCUCACUGGCGGCACAGGAUUCUUUGGCAAAAUUAUCAUUGAGAAAUUGUUGCGCGUCACGGAGGUGGGACAAAUCUAUUUGCUGAUACGCACCAAGAAGGGCAAGGAUGCCUUCGCCCGCAUUGAGGAUCUGUUUAAUGAUCCGGUCUUUGCCAAGAUGAAGCAGGUGAAUCCAAAGUACCGGUGCCAGAUCACCAUCAUCAGUGGCGAUUGCUCGCUGCCCGGCCUGGGAAUCACUCCCGACGAGCGCGAGACGAUCCUCGAGAACGUCAACAUCGUCCUGCACAGCGCGGCCACAGUGCGCUUUGAUGAGAAACUCAAAAUGGCCAUUGCCAUCAAUGUGCAUGGAACCAAGGAAAUCAUAAAGCUGGCCAAAGAAAUUGUUAACUUGAAGGCCCUUGUCCAUGUCUCCACAGCAUUUGCGCACUGCAACAUGCGUCACAUCCAGGAGAAGUUUUACAGCGGCACAAUGACAGGCGAGAAUGCCUUUAAGCUGAGCGAGUGCCUCGAUGAGCACACCCUUAACACCCUGACGCCGACCAUCAUCAAGGGGUAUCCGAACACUUAUACCUUUACCAAAGUCCUGGCCGAAAAUGUAGUACAACAGAGCGCCCAAAACCUGCCAGUCACCAUCUUCAGACCCGGCAUUGUGAUCACCACCUACCGCGAACCGGUCACUGGCUGGAUCGACAACAUGUACGGUCCCUGUGGAGUCAUCGUGGGAAUUGGAUCCGGAGUCCUACGUGUUUUCACGGGUGACAUGGACAAUAAGGCGCACAUUGUGCCGGUUGACAUGUGUGUCAAUGCACUUUUGGCCAGUGCCUGGGAUAUAGCGCGGAACAAAUAUGAGACUCCGCCGAUUUACAAUUAUGUCCCGGAUGCUGAGAACAUGGUCACCUGGAGGCGCUACAUGGAGGAUGGCUUUGAGUACGGCUGUGACAUUCCGAUGCGGAAGUCCAUUUGGUAUCCGCGCUUCACCAUUGUGCCGCACAUGUGGCAGUACCACAUCCUGUGCUUCUUCUACCACACAUUGCCCGCCCUGGUUAUGGACGCCAUCAUGGUGAUAAUUGGCAAGAAGCCCAGAAUGAUGAAGAUCUACCGCAAGAUCCACAAACUGAGCAAUGUCCUCAAGUACUUCAGUUCAAACGAAUUCCGCUUCGACAACGAUAAUGUGAGGAAACUUACUGAGAAACUAGAUGAUCGGGAUAAGCGACUCUUUGCCUUCGAUAUGCGCGAUCUGGACUGGACCAACCUGUUCCGCGUCAGUCUCUACGGAUUGCGUCUGUAUGUGGUCAAGGACGAUCCCAGUAAUAUUCCCGAGUCCAUCAAGCGCUACGAGAGAUUGAAGGUCCUGCAUUACACGACGCUGGCUGUUUUCUACGCGUUAGCUGCCUGGGCGCUCUAUACCCUUGUCAAUCUCUUUUUAUAGGACCUGUUUACUUAAUCUUUCGUAAUCUGUUUAGGGCAUAUCUUUACUCCUCAAAACUUUCGGCGCAAACUCUAACAUUUCCGUUUCCGAAAUAGUUGUUAGUUAUAGUCGUAACAUAUCCAUACGCCCAUAGUCAUAUGUUUGAAACGCUUUAUCCGAAUCUUGUAUAGCUUAGUUCGUACGUCUCUAAAUGUAAAUUUGCUAAAGUUGUUGGCGUAAUGUGGAUGUAGAUGAUCGAAUACAAGUACAAUAAAAACUGCUUCACAUUUUGUUUGGGAA